AGUUGCAUAUGAUAUAUCGAAGUUAUAUAUUUUUUUAAGAAUAUAUUGAUUAUUAUUCAAUGAAGUUUGAAUAAAUUAAAUAAUACAAUGGCAACACCAAUAAAAGAUCGUGUUAUUCCUGUUAUGGAUACUUUGGUUAAAUAUGACAAUCCAGUCCUACUUACCACUUAUCCAGAAAAGGUAGUAAAAGAAGUACCAAAAAUUGGAGAAGUAGUUUGUAAAGUUGAAACCACUGUUCCUACUCUUGAUACAAGACAUGAAACUUCUGAAAUUUUAAAUAAAAUUUUGCCACCUAAGCAAUGGGAAGAAGAUGGUCAAAUUUGGACUCAACAAGUGUCAAGUACACCAGCAACAAGAUUAGAUGUUAUUAAUUUACAAGAACAUCUAGAUAUGAAAUUGCAACAAAGACAAGCAAGAGAAACUGGUAUUUGUCCAAUACGUAGAGAGCUUUAUACACAAUGUUUUGAUGAAGUAAUACGUCAAGUUACGAUAAAUUGUGCAGAACGUGGAUUACUUUUACUUAGAAUUCGAGAUGAACUUAAGAUGACAUUAGCCGCAUUUCAAACUUUAUACCAAAGUAGUAUUGCUUUCGGUAUGCGUAAAGCUCUUCAAGCUGAACAAGGAAAGGAAGAUUUAAUUGCUGCUGCAGAUGAAUUACAGUUACAGAAAAUUGAAUUAGAAAAAACAGUUGUUGAAUUAAAACAGAAAUUUGAACAAGCAGAAAGGAGAGCUGCUGAACUACGAGAAGCUGAAGAGAAAAAACAUAUGGAAGAAAUACAAUUUUUGAGAAAAACAAAUCAACAACUAAAGACGCAAUUAGAGGGAAUUAUUGCACCAAAACGAUAAAAUAAAUAUAAAUGAUAAAAUAUAUGAUAAUAAAAGGUAUUCAUCUUUAUAUAUAUUUUAAUUUUAUUUAUUUUAAUUCAAUAUAAUAAAAUCAAUAUAAAAGAUAAAAUAUGUUAUUUCUUUUCCUGUUUCAUGAUUAUCUUUCAUUUACAUAUAUUAUGUAUUUAUAAAUUUAUUGAACAUUGUAAAAAUUGUAUAAAUAUUAUAUUAAUAGAAAAUAGAUAUAGUUUAGAUAAAUAAAUAUUUAUGUUUUGAUAUGUUAACUUUAUAUAGUCUUACAAAUAUUAAUUACAUGAAAUGUUUUUUAUUUUAUUUUUAUAUUAAAUACAUUUUAAUUUACUUACAUAAAUUAGAUUUAUUAUUUAAUAUAAUCAAAUAUAUUAUCCUUAUCAAAAUAUAAAAUAUACGUAAUAGAACAUAAUAUUUUCUUUUUAUAAUUAUUUAAAAUUAUUAUAAGACUGGAUAUAAAGUUUUAAAAAAUCCAUACACAUUAUAUCUAUUAUUUGAUUUAACAUCGAUGUAAAGUACUUCUAAACAUAAACUUCUAAACAUAAAAGUUUCCAAUUCAUUUUUUAUAAAAAAUUGUGACUUGAUAAUUUGUUAUAAAUAAUAUAUAUUAAAGAAUGAUAGUAUACAUUUUUUAUAAUUCAUAAAGAAUUUUUAUAAAAUAUUAUAAAAUAAUAUUAUUAAUAAUAUAAUUAUAAAACAGUUCCAACUUUUGUUAUAUAUUUAAAAAAAUAUUUUUAAAAAUUAUAAUAUUUAUAAAUAUAUGAUAAAUAUUGGCACUUUAUAAUUAUAUAUAAUUUUGAAAAUGCCACAUUAAUUAUAUUACUUCAUAAUAAAUAUCAAAUUUUUUUAUAAUUUUAUAAGACAAAAAUGUUUUUUUUUUUUAGGUCAAUUUUCUUAAUAAUUUAAUAAAUUGGUCCCGUACUCCUUUAAUCGCACUUUACACCGCAGUUAAUAGUAAUGCUCAAUUAAUGUUUACUUAUAUUACAUUUUUAAUUUUACAUAUAUCUUAA